AUGAGCAACCAAUACCAGGACGAGGGCUGCUCCGAGAGGCCCGAGUGCAAAAGUAAAUCGCCAACUUUGCUCUCCUCCUACUGUAUCGACAGCAUCCUGGGCCGGAGGAGCCCUUGCAAGAUGCGGCUGCUGGGGACCGCGCAAAGCCUGCCCGCCCCGCUGGCCAGCCGCGCCGACCAGGAGAAGGCCGUGCAAGGCUCCCCCAAGGGCAGCAGCACCCCGUUCGAGGCCGAGCUGCACCUGCCGCCCAAGCUGCGGCGCCUGUACGGCCCGGGUGGGGGCCUGAAGCUGGAAGCGGUGCCUGCGGAGGAGGCCUUUAAAAAGACCCGAGUCCUGUCUUUUGAGGACUCCUGGAGUACCGAGAGGAAGUCGGAGCUGGGCAGUGUUUGGUAUCGGGAUACGGAGGAACUGGCCAUGAGGCUGGACUUGACUGAGGCCCGAGUGCAGGUCUGGUUCCAGAACCGCCGGGCCAAGUGGCGCAAGCGGGAGAAGGCAGGCGCGCAGACCCACCCCCCGGGGCUGCCAUUCCCCGGGCCGCUCUCGGCCACCCAUCCGCUCAGCCCCUACUUGGACGCCACCCCGUUCCCCCCACACCACCCUGCGCUCGACUCCGCAUGGACAGCCGCCGCCGCCGCCGCCGCCGCCGCCUUCCCGAGCCUACCUCCGCCCCCCGGCUCGGCCAGCCUGCCGCCCAGCGGGGCGCCGCUGGGCCUGAGCACUUUCCUGGGAGCUGCCGUGUUCCGGCACCCGGCCUUCAUCAGCCCGGCGUUCGGCAGGCUCUUUUCCACCAUGGCUCCCCUGACCAGCGCUUCGACCGCGGCCGCGCUCCUGCGACAGCCCACGCCGGCCGUGGAAGGCGCGGUGGCGUCGGGCGCCCUGGCCGACCCAGCCACUGCGGCCGCAGACAGACGCGCGUCCAGCAUAGCCGCGCUGCGGCUCAAGGCCAAGGAGCACGCCGCGCAGCUGACGCAGCUCAACAUCCUGCCGGGCACCAGCACGGGCAAGGAGGUGUGCUAA